AUGGCAAGCUCAGCAGAGACCACUUCUGGUCCUCGAAAGACACCAAUCCCUACUCCAGGACCCAACAGUCAGCCUACACCAAGGCCAGAGCUGACCGAGGAGCAAAAGACAAAGUAUGAGGCUCUGCUAGAGCAGGUCAAGGGCUUCACCGAGAUUGAAUGCGAGAAGCAGGCCGACAAGGAGGACAAGUCAGGCCCCAUCACGGAUCACGAGCGCUCAUGGCUUACUCGGGAGUGUCUCCUUCGUUAUCUCCGUGCCACAAAGUGGACUGUCGAUGACUCGGCCAAGCGGCUCAAGGCGACCCUCGCAUGGCGUCGCGAGUACGGCCUGGAGGGCUUCACACCCGAGUACAUUUCUCCCGAGCAGGAGACAGGCAAGCAGAUGAUUGUGGGCUUCGAUCGUCAGGGUAGACCGUGCCAAUACCUGAACCCGGCUAGGCAAAACACCGACACGACUCCCCGUCAGCUUCACCACCUGUUUUACAUGGUGGAGCGAGUGACGGAUCUUAUGCCACCGGGCGUGGAGAUGCUCAGUCUGAUGAUCAAUUUCAAGCCUAGCAAGGAGCGCAAGAACACGAGUGUACCCGUGUCUGUGGCCAGAGAGGUGUUGCAUAUUCUGCAGAACCACUACCCUGAGAGGCUGGGCAAGGCUCUCAUCAUCAACGUACCUUGGAUCGUCUGGGGCUUCUUUAAGAUUAUUACUCCGUUCAUCGACCCCGUGACGCGUGAGAAGCUCAAGUUCAACGAGGACAUGAAGCAGUAUGUUCCCCCGGAGCAGCUGUGGAGCCUCGACUGGGGCGGUGAUAUGGACUUUGAGUACGACCACGAGACGUACUGGCCUGCGCUCAACGAGAUGUGCCGCCAGAAGCGCGAGGACAAGUUCCGUCGGUGGGAGGCCGGUGGUAAGGAGAUUGGUGAGAGUGAGGAUUACCUCGCCGGUGGAACAGACGUGAGCAUCAAGGGUGUCAAAUUUGAGGGUGCCAAGGAUGGUGUCAAAGAGGUUGAGGAGAAGUUGGCGGCGACCAAGUUGGAGGAGCAGCCUGUUGCGGCUUGA